AUGGCAUCAAAUAUCACAUUCGUCGUUCUUCUUGCUUUCGUUCUCGCUUGUGCAAUGCCAAUGAGUAUUCCGAAAGCAGGAGCUCAGCUUUUUCUUCCAUGCAAAACAACAAAAGAUUGUGAAUACUAUUACUGCUCGAGCGGGAGACCUCUAUGCGUAAGCACGCAAUGCCAAUGUACAAUUUCAUCAACUCAUGAAGCAAGACUUGACGACAUAAAAACGAAGAAGAAUAAUGCCAAGGCAUGCAAGUUGACCACAGAUUGUGAUCCUCGUAUGAAAUUUACUUGUGCCUCGAGAUCUUAUAUGUGUUUUGAUGGUCUUUGUACUUGCACAAAUUAA